CUGUGUGUUGUUCUCUUCUACCGGCUGAGACAGAGAUGGAGUGAUAAAGAUCAGUACAUGACGUGAUUCUGUGGUUAAGGGGAAACUAUAUAAGCAAGUGAAGAGGAGUUGGGUUGUUACAUUUGACAGCUGUACUAACCAGACAUAAAAAAAGCAGCACUGUAAGAUUGCUCUCCCCAUCCCUUCGCAAUGGAUUUCACAGAGGAACCGUUUACGGCUAUGACCACAGGAUAUUAUUCUCUUCAAACUGACCCCACUGAUUACGAUGAUUAUGACACCGGGUCGACUGAAGACCCCGGCAUGUGCAACAGAAGCUGGGUCCGGGUGUUUCGUGGCCAGUACGAACCGCCGCUCUUCUGGAUCAUCUUCAUCCUCGGCGCUGUUGGGAACCUGCUGGUGGUUUGGAUCUACACCACCGUGCGCAACCGCCUGAAAACGAUGACCGACGUGUACCUGCUCAACCUGGCUGUGGCCGACCUCCUCUUCCUGUGCAUGCUGCCCUUCUGGGCCGUCGAUGCGGUCAAAGGCUGGGACUUUGGCGUCAGCCUCUGCAAAAUGGUGUCAGCCGUCUAUAAGAUCAACUUCUUCAGCAGCAUGCUCCUUCUCACCUGCAUUAGUGUGGACCGUUACAUUGCUAUUGUGCAAGUCACCAAGGCUCAGAACCUGAAGAAAAAGAGGCUCUUCUACAGCAAACUCGCCUGCCUCGGUGUCUGGGUUGUCUCCGCACUCCUUGCCCUCCCCGAGUUUAUCUUCGCUGAGGUGAAGACUGACCAAAAUCAGCAAUCCUUCUGCGUUCUAGUCUACUCGAACAACGAAUUCAACCGGACUAAGAUCCUGGUGCUGUCCCUGCAGAUUUGCAUGGGCUUCUGCCUUCCUCUGCUGAUUAUGGUCUUCUGUUACUCUGUCAUCAUUCGCACACUUUUGCAGGCCAAGAGUUUCGAAAAGCACAAGGCCCUGCGCGUCAUCUUUGCUGUGGUGUUUGUGUUUGUUCUCUCUCAACUGCCUUACAAUAGCAUGCUGAUAGUGGAAGCCACGCAGGCAUCUAAUGUUGCCAACUUCAGCUGUGAAACUGUAAUUCGUUCUGAUAUUGCCGGACAGGUGGCCAAGAGCCUGGCAUUCACUCACGCCUGCCUCAACCCAUUCCUCUAUGUCUUCAUUGGAGUUCGGUUCAGACAAGACCUCCUAAGGAUAGUGAAGAUGUGUGCUGGAGGUCCUGGCCAUGUAGGCCUCACCAAAGUACCGGCAGCUCCCAAACGUCCCUCUGUCAUGUCAGACACUGAUACCACCCCUGCCCUUUCCAUAUAAAUGCCAAUUGUCCUAAACACGCCAAACCUGAGACCUGAGCCAGUUUAGCAUUAUCAUGUUUUUUUUCUCUCAUGCAUUACUUGCUACUAGCAGAGAAACGAUAACAUUUACAACCUCGAAAGCAAAAAAUAUCUUUGUAGUUUACAUUCUGACAUUCACAGGCACAAACCUUUCUCUGAAAUCACUGUAUAAACUGUAUAUUACUGUAAAUACUGUUUUUUUAAGUGUUUGUAGUUUGUUCCAUCUUAUAUUUGUUGUGUGCUGCUGUAACUGAACAAAAAACAAUUGUAUUUUUGACUUUCUGGUACAAAAAGGCUAUUAAAAAAUAAGAAAAAAUCU